AUGGCCACUGCACAAUUGCAGAGAAUCUCCAUGAGUGCGUUGGUAUUUCCCAGUAAGAUGUCAACUGAGCAGCAGUCUUUAAUGUUAGUGAAGAGGCUUCUAGCAGUUUCAAUAUCCUGCAUCACGUAUUUGAGAGGAAUAUUCCCAGAAUGUGCUUAUGGAACAAGAUACCUAGAUGAUCUGUAUGUCAAAAUUCUGAGAGAAGAUAAGAAUUGUCCAGGAUCUACACAGUUAGUGAAGUGGAUGUUAGGAUGCUAUGAUGCUUUACAGAAAAAAUAUCUAAGGAUGGUUGUUCUAGCUGUAUACACUAAUCCAGAAGACCCUCAGACAAUUUCAGAAUGUUACCAGUUUAAAUUCAAGUACACCAGUAAUGGACCAAUCAUGGACUUCAUGAGUAAAAACCAAAUCAGUGAAUCUAGUAUGUCAUCUGCUGACACCAAGAAAGCAAGUAUUCUUCUCAUUCGCAAGAUUUAUGUUCUAAUGCAAAAUCUGGGACCUUUACCUAAUGAUGUUUGUUUGACCAUGAAACUUUUUUACUACGAUGAAGUUACACCCCCAGAUUACCAACCUCCUGGUUUUAAGGAUGGUGAUUGUGAAGGAGUGAUAUUUGAAGGGGAGCCUAUGUACUUAAAUGUGGGAGAAGUCCCAACACCUUUUCACACCUUCAAAGUAAAAGUGACCACUGAGAAAGAACGAAUGGAAAAUAUUGAUUCAGCUAUAUUAUCACUAAAACAAUUAAAAACACCACUUCAAAAAAUUCUCAUGGACAAAGAUGAUUUUGAAGAUGAACAGGAGCAUUACGUAAGUGGUGAUUUUGACAUUGAAACUAAAAGGGAAGAGCAGAAAAAAAACCCUGGAUCUUCUGAACUUGGAGAACCAGGUGUAGUUUGUGAAGAAGAUGAAACUAUGAGGUCUAAAGAAAGUCCAGAUCUUUCAAUUUCUCAUUCUCAGGUUGAGCAGUUAGUCAGUAAAACAUCUGAACUUGAUGUGUCUGAAAGCAAAACAAGAAGUGGAAAAAUCUUUCAGAAUAAAAUGGCUAAUGGAAAUCAACAAGUAAAAUCUUCUAAGGAAAAUCGGAAGAGAAGUCAGCUUAAAUCUGCGAAAACAGUCCUUCAUCACUUUGAUUCUUCUAGUCAAGAGUCAGUGCCAAAAAGAAGAAAGUUUAGUGAACCAAAGAAAAAUACAUAAAAAAAUUUUUUUCUGCAUGUUUGCAAAGUUCUUCACAACAUUUAAAGGACAUUAUAUUACUGUUU